CGAGUACGGUUUAGAAAAAUUCAGUAUUUUAUAGAAGCGUCUAAAAAUAAAACGAUUUUGAAAAAUAGUGUUUCUAAUUGAAAAUUUUAAACAAAGGAUUAAAUAAAAAUACAAAACAUUUCGUAACAAAUAAGAAAAACAACAAAUAUGACGGCAAAACCAAAAUUUGAAUUUGAAAAGGAUCCAUUAGUUCACAUAGAAGACGUGGAUCAUAAUGAAGAAGAUCGCAUUGCGAAAAGUUUUGAAGGUCGCUGUCUUUUUAUAACCGGAGGUACCGGUUUCUUGGGCAAAGUUUUGGUGGAAAAAUUAUUAAGGUCAUGUGGAGAUUUGAAAAAAAUAUAUUUGCUGAUACGUCCCAAGAAGGGCAAAGAGCCAGCAGAACGUAUUAAGGAAAUGUUAAACAAUGUGCUCUUUGAUAUGGUUAAAGAACAAAGAGGCGAAGAUGUAAUUCUCAGUAAGGUUCAAGCCAUUGAAGGUGAUGUACUGAUGCCCGGUUUGGGAAUAUCAGAUGAAGAUUUAGCUACAUUAUCCAGAGACGUUUCCAUAGUAUAUCACUGUGCCGCUACAGUAAGAUUUGAUGAACCUUUGCGUCGCGCUGUUUUCAUGAAUACUCGUGGCACAAAGUACAUGUUAGAGGUGGCAGCGAAGCUGAAAAAUUUAUCUUUCUUUGCUUAUGUCUCCACGGCCUAUUGUCACUUGCAUGUCAAGACUUUGUAUGAGAAGCCCUACGAUCCACCAGCAGAUCCCCAUAAAGUCAUGAAUGCCUGUGAAUGGCUGUCGGAUGAGGAAGUGGGUAUGAUUGAGAAGAAAAUUUUAGGUGACAUACCAAACACAUACGCCUACACAAAAUCCCUGGCUGAAGCUUUAGUUGUGGAGAAAUUUGAUGAAUUGCCAGCUGUAAUUUUAAGACCUUCUAUUGUUAUACCCAUCUGGCGUGAACCAAUACCCGGCUGGACGGACAAUAUUAAUGGACCUACCGGUCUGUUGAUUGGUGCCGGUAAAGGUGUCAUUCGUACUAUGUAUUGUAAUUCAUCGGGUUUUGGUGAUUUCUUGCCGGUCGAUGUUGCAGUGAAUGCUAUUUUGGUGGCCAGUUGGCGUUUUUUGACUCGUGGUUCGGAGGAAACAAAUCGUGUUGCCCAUAUGACCAGUUCUAAUGAUAUUAAAGUUUCUUGGGCCGAAAUUAUCGAAUUGGGUCGUUGGGUAAUUGAAAAUCGCGUUCCCCUAAAUGGUGUGGCUUGGUAUCCAGGUGGUUCGAUGAAAUCAAAUUAUUGGGUACAUUGGAUUUGUAUGCUACUAUUCCAUUGGUUACCGGCUAUAUUUGCUGAUAUUUUACUAAGAAUAUUCGGUUACCCACCAGUGCUUAUGAGGGUUCAAGAUCGUAUUUCAAAGGGUUUCGAAGUAUUCGAAUACUAUGCGAAUAAUGUAUGGAAUUUCGAUAAUACGGAAGCGGUAAAACUGCGCAGCCUUAUGAACAAAAAGGAACGUCUAACGUAUGUCAUAGAAAAGAUAGAUGUCGAUUUGGUUGACUACUUUACAAAUUGUGUUAUGUGUGCCAGACGUUUGAUACUCAAAGAAUCGGAUGAAUCUAUACCAGCCGCCAGAAGACAUAUGAAAAUCAUGUGGUGUGUCGAUAAGAUAUUCAAAGGCAUGUGGGUUUUCGGUAUUGUUUACAUGAUUUAUAGAUGUUUCUUAUCCGAUUAUUUUACCAGCACAACGGUUACUCAACCUUUAGGAUCAUUUUAAAUGUUAAUCAAUGAAUUAGUUAAUUAAUUGUUAGUUUUAAGUAUUAGCCAUAAGCCAAAUAUUAUUUUGAAAUCAAUUCUAGUUUAUUUGAGAUUCUGUUGUCUGUUCUGCAGAAUUACAACAAAUUAUUUAUGUCGAAUAUGCAUAAAUAUGAAUUAAUAUUUUUAAGUUUUGUAUAAUAUUGAAUAUUUUGUUGAAUAUAUUAGUGCAGUAAGCAAAAUUUUUGGUGUAUAUAAUAAAUAAAAAAUGUUUUGGAAUGUGAAA